UGUGUGUGACUUGCAUCUUUUGUUGGAACCAAGGCCUAGUUUUCAUUUAGUGAAUCUAACAAGAGCCAAACCUGUGCUGCUUUCAUGUGAGCUUUGAACAUUUUGUCCUCAGAUUAUUUUGUUUCUCAGAACAUAAUGUAUCUCACAAAAUUGAAUAUGCACCACACUUCAUAACACCAGAUAAGAGUGCUUUUUUCUCAAUGUGUUGGCAGGGUAUUUUUAGACUUGCAAUGUCUUUAUUUUGUAUGCUUUCAGGCAUACUUAAUAGUCUAAAGAACAUGUUGAAUAAUUACUGUAUCCUGGACUAGCCCCCUGAUUACAGUAUGUUGCAUUUUUCAUCUAGGUUAAAGAUGCAACAUAAAGUGGACAGGGUAAACUAAUGGUUCCAAACCCAAUUUUUGGAGGGCUUUAUCGCUAAAUAAAUGCACCAGGUUCAGAUUGUUAGUAGAGGGUCUAAGACAAAAUGGGUUGCAGAUAAGGGGACAUUGCUGUAAAAGUAACCAAUGGACAUAUUAGAGUCCUAUUCAAAAAAUGUUUUAGCAUGUGGAAUGGAGAGCACAAAAAGGUCAUCUCAAGUUUAAAAUGAAGUCAGCGUGUGACAGCAGUGGAAAAAGGAAGCUCAUGCAUGCUGGCUGGUAUUUUACUGCUUGCUUAUGAGUCAUCUUACUUUUAUCUGUACUUUUGCUUUUCUGAACGUGACUGGAAUGAUGACUGUGAAUGGAUGACCACAGUUUCUGUCCCCAUGUGUUUCUUUCAUUCUCCGGAUAAAAAACGCCUCCAUGACUGAGCGAGCAUUUGAUUGUGCUUUAUUUGCAGGCAAAUGAAUCACCUGUUCUGUUUCAGAGGGAGAGCUGUGGGAAUGUCCACUGGUUAACAGCUAAUCAAAUGUUGCAGCAGAAAGCUCCAUUAGAAGCGCAGACGGAUUCCACAUUGUUUUUCUAAUCGUUUCCACUCUUUCAAUGGGAAACAGCAGUACAUUUCACAGAGGCGCUGUGUAAAUGUUCUCAGCAGGAGUUGGUUUUCCAGUAUACUUAGCUUCGUAAAUGACGAUAUUGCCAUUAUUUUUGAACAAAGGCAUUUGAAGUCCAGUAUGUUCCUCUUCUGGGACACCACCCUAAAGCGGCAGACAGCUGCAUUUGGGACGCUUUUAAAUUCAUUGCGUGUGAAGUCAUGUCCAUGUCGGUUAUAGCGCCACACAGUCUUAAUUUCAAACUGGAUGUCAUUCUAUUGUUAGUUCACGAAUGUUCUUAUGAAUGUUUUUACGAAUGUUCUUAAUUUUUUUUUCUAAAUGAUGUUCCAAGCGUUUUUUCCCCCCCAUCUUUUUAUGUUUUUUCCCCUUGACUACCAAGAGGUCACAGUUGUGCGGCCCACAUGCCUUCCUUCCUGUCUCAGCCCCUCUCUCUGAUCACAUGUAAAAUGUUCCUCCGGCAGAUUGCUGUUUGGUGCCGACUGGAGCUUAGAAUGAUCUCAUGAGGUUUUGUUUUAUUGUUUUAAUACGUGUGCUAUGAAGUUUUUGGGCAAGUAACUCUGGAAAGACCGAUAAACAAAAGAGCUUGCAGUCUCAAACAGAGAAAGACAGAGGAACCUUCAGGAAAGACAGGGAAGACGGAGGAUAAUAAUCCUUGAGAAUGAAGGUUCGUCGCAAGAGGAAUAGCAAUUUGGAUGAUAACUCAGGGGCCGCCCAGGAUAGACCACCUUUGCUAAACUUUGGGGGGAAAGACAAUCCGAGGGAGUACAAGAGUGGGCAGAGGGGCACAGAAGAGAGUGUAAAGCUUUCAUGGAAUCACAUUCCAGGACAAAACUGUUGGCCGGCUGCUGUCAUAGCAGCAGGAUUACUGUUGGCAGGGGCUAUUGGGCUGUUUCAUGCAUGGUGUGUUUAUUCUAUACACGAAAACCUGCUGUGGUUUUCACAGUUAAAGGAAGUCGAGCGUGAAAUCUCCUUCCGGACAGAAUGUGGCCUUUAUUACUCCUACUACAAACAGAUGUUGAAGGCGCCUUCUAUACAGCAAGGUCUUUAUGAGCUAAUUCAUGACAACACUACUGAAUCAAAGAGAACAAUAAACAUCCUACAGCGUAUGAAUAUCUACCAAGAAGUGUUCCUUAGCAUUUUGUACAGAAUACUUCCCAUCCAGACCUACUUGGAGCCAAUUUAUUUCUACAUCUACACAGUGUUUGCUUUGCAGACAGUGUAUGUCAUCGCCCUCUUUAUCACUAGUUGGUUACUCAGUGACUCAUGGCUGGCUGGAGCCCUCAGUGGAGUCUGGUACAUUCUCAACAGAGUGGACACCACACGCGUGGAGUUUACCAUCUCACUAAGGGAGAACUGGUCAAUACCUUUCUUUGCUCUUCAGGUGGCUGCCAUAACCUGCUACUUAAGGCCACAGCUAAAACCUAUUCACCAGAGGGUGGUACUGUGGCUGGUGUUCGUCUCCACCUUCUGCUUCUGUUUGACAUGGCAAUUCAAUCAGUUUGUCCUGCUGGUGCAGGCCCUUAUAAUCUUUACUCUGGAUUGUCUGGACUUCCUCACAGCGGAACAGGUGGUUUCUCUGUACCUGAUGCAGGUGUUGAAUCUGUUAUUGGUGUGGUUACUGCAGUUCUGCAAUUCUAUGAUUCUGGGCUCUCUGGUGCUCAGCUUCAUUGUGUCUGCCCUCUUCAUCAAACACUUCCAGACGGGACUAAAGACGGGCGGCUUUGUCAUACGAGUAGGAAAACUGGCUCUUCACACACUCCUAGUCCUCACAUUAACUUUCACCAUCAAUUAUUCAGCCAAGAAAAUACUCCAGCUGAAAUCCGACGAGCACAUCUUUAAGUUCAUAAAGGCCAAGUUUGGCUUCGGGGCAACGAGAGACUUUGAUGCCAGUCUCUAUCUGUGCGAAGAGGCUUUUGGCUUGUUGCCAUUGGAUACAUUUGAGCGGUUGGCUGGCACAGUGCUGCUCUAUCCGUAUCUGUGCACACUCAGUGUGCUCUUCAUCUUGCUGCUGCUGGUGGCGCUCUCUAAUCUCAGCACGAAUGGGUCAGGCCAAGCAAGCAGGGAGAAAGAGGACAGGACCUUUAGGAUGCGUCCGGACGUCGCUUACAAUCUCUUGCACACCGUCUUCUUCGGCCUGCUCGCCUUUUCCACUAUGAGGAUGAAAUAUUUGUGGACUGGCCACAUGUGUGCUUUCGCUGCCUUUGGGGUGUGUGGUAAGGAGGUGUGGUCGUUGUAUCUGAGGGUCCUUCACUGCAACACUAAAACCACGAUGAGACUGAUCAGGUACUCUGUUCCUAUUGUAAUACUGGCAUUUCUUUAUUACAAGUUCUGGCCCAGACUGAUGGAGGAGAUUUCUGAGCUGAGAGAGUUUUAUGACCCAGACACUGUGGAGCUAAUGGAGUGGAUCAGAUUGAAGACGCCCAAACGGGCCGUGUUUGCAGGCAGCAUGCAGCUGUUGGCUGGAAUUAAGCUGUGCACGGGGAGAGUAUUGACAAACCAUCCACACUAUGAGGACCAGGCACUGAGAGAGAGGACCAGACAGGUAUAUCAGAUCUAUGCGCGUCAGUCUGCUGAGGAGGUUCAUAAAGUUCUCUGUUCGGUUGGAGUGGACUACAUCGUACUGGAGGACAGCAUCUGCUACGAGCGCAGACACAGCCGUGGUUGUAGGCUGAGGGACCUGCUCGACCUGGCAAACGGACAUAUCAUGGACGGCCCAGGUGAAAACGAGCCGGACCUCAUCCCGGCGACUCACCCGCGUUUUUGUGAGGCCAUUAAGACCGACAUGCCUCCGUAUUCAACCCUCUUCACACCAGUGUUCAAAAACAAGACGUUUCACGUGUACAAACUCAAGAAACUCAAGAAGAAAAACAAAGCUGAGAACGGUCCGUAAUGCUCAUUCCUCAACAGCAGUCGCCCACCUUCACUGGAUGGAUGAACGCCCCAUCUGGAAUGUUCAAUGAGUGUGUGAUAGUAGCAGGUGUGUGUGUGUGUGUGUGUGUGCGGCUAUGUGCAUGAGAGAGAUUGGAGAGAUGCCUGAUUGAGCCAGGACACUCAAUGAUUUGG